UCCGGACCUGACUCAAACGGCACACGGAAGCUGGGCUUGUUUGGGAAGUGGUGAAUGUUGCUGAAAAAGUCCAGCUGCUGACAUACGCUACAUGCGUGGAUUUUGUGUUUGUGUGUGUGUGUUUUGGGAAUCGUCGCGUUAAAUUGCAUUAUCUUUUUUGGGGGGGCUUAUUUCAAACGGCAAAUCUCUGCUUCUCGAAGACUGUUAUAUCCGUUCGCUGUUCAACGUUCAAGAUUUUUUUUUUCGGUACUCGACAACGAUGAACGUCGAUACCCCGCAGCCCGUGGCGGCUGGAGGCGCGUUGUCAAACUCUUCCACGACAAGCAACAGCAACAACAACAGCAGCAGCAUCAGCAGCAUCAGCAGCAGCAACAACAACAGCAGCAGCAGCGGCAACAGCGUAGCAACCAGCAGCAACACCGCCGGCAGCGCCAACAGCGUCGCCUCCGCGGCUCCCACCAGCGCUCCGCUGUCGUCUGCCUCGGUCCCCCCUCCCUCGGAGACCUUGGUGUCUAACGGGGUGUACGUGCCGCCUGGCAUCGCCAACGGAGACGUCAAGCCUGUCCUGUCCAGCAUGCCUCUGGCCGACUUCCUCAUGCAGCUGGAAGACUACACUCCCACGAUCCCCGACGCAGUGACCGGAUACUAUCUCAACCGGGCUGGGUUCGAAGCCUCUGAUCCCCGCAUAAUCCGUCUGAUCUCUCUGGCGGCUCAGAAGUUCAUCUCAGAUAUUGCCAAUGACGCCCUGCAGCACUGCAAAAUGAAGGGCACAGCGUCGGGCAGCUCUAGGAACAAAACCAAGGACAAGAAGUACACCCUGACGAUGGAAGACCUAGCCCCGGCUCUCUCGGAGUACGGGAUCAAUGUGAAGAAGCCUCAUUAUUUCACAUGAAAGACUGUCGUUGAGGGGGACUGGCCGGCAGGAACAGAGAUGGCUCUCCUCGUCCGUCACACACCCGCAAUGUCCUCGCAGUCGUCUCUUCCCACUCAACUUCCCCGUCUCAGUGCUGGUUUCUCCUGUGACAUCUGUGUAGAAUUCCUUUUGUUGCAUACUGUGCCUAACUUUAGGUGUGCUGUGUUUGUCAGUCGUAUAAAAGGGUUUGGUGGUAACCUGGGUCGAUGCAAAAGAAUAAAGUUUUUUAAGAGCCUGUU